UGCACUUUUCCUCGCAGAAUGGAAGUUGUCGUGGAGGUGAUACGGAGUAAACUCGCCUGCAUGUCGGGAUAUUGAACCUGUGUCCUUUUUUUCGUCUUCUUUUUAUUCUUCUUCUUUUCUCCGAGUACAAGACAACCUUUACGACGAAGCCCGUCUCCGCGGCUGCUCAUCUGAGAGUGCCCUCGCAUGGACGAUGAGGAGGAUGAUGUGUUUGAGCCAGACCCCAAUUGCUGGCGCACCGCAUUCAGGGAGAUAAAGUGUGAAGACCGGGGCACGCAGACACCUGGCCCUGCCCUGGCACACAACAACGGCAUGCUGCCCUGUGGCGUCGCAGAGGAGCCCAGACCACUCUUCUACGGCAACGCAGGUUUUCGAUUGCACUUCCCGGCAAACUUUGAGCUUGUUGGGGAUCAGGAAGCGAGGCGACAAGAAAGUGAAGUGGAGCAAAACGGGAUGGAGCAGCUACCGCGGCAGCAACCUGUGGCCCACAGUGUGGAGGCAUGCAUUGGCCAGAAACUCCAGCUGAUAGGAGACCAGUUUCACCGGCAACACCAACAACUGUACCAUCGAAACCAAAGGAACCAGGGGCGGAUGUGGUGGCGCCUGGCCGCAGCUCUGCUCAGCCUGCUGUUUGACAGGGGGUUCAUUGCUGGAGGAGGUGGAGCAGGACGGAGGUGAGAGGGUCUCCCCAUCUCUCGGAGGAACUGGACUCCUAAUGACACUGUCAAAUCUAACACGGGUCUGUUUUUGGGGGAGAAAAGAAAGGAGACACAAGGUCACCGCGGGACGGAGACAACCAACUUUUAUACAAGGUCGUGAGUUUUUUCUUCCCAAGAAGAUGUCAUGAUGCUCCGAGAUUCCUCUACGGGAAAAUGUUCAUAUUUUGGUAUACGUGUGGUGUAGUAGUUUUGUACAGUACAUUGUUCUUGUUCAAUUUUUUGCACUUCAACAUGUAUCCAUCUUUAAUGACCUCCACAGACCCCGGAAAUGCCUUAUUCAAUGUCUUCUGCCGAAUGAGUAUUGAGCAAUUUUGCGUUGCCCAGGUGACCAGACAAGUUGAUUUACUAUUUUCCAAAGAGGCAACUUCUCAGAACAAAGCAUUUUGCACCUCACCUCAAUGGAACAUUUACCCUUUCAUAAUUUCUUUAUUUUGCUUUCUGUUUUUGUUUUCUUCCAUUUUCUUUGGUCUGGUAUUGCAUCUCAGUAUCAUUCAAAAUAUUGGGAACAAAGUUUCUGCACAUGAAAAAGUCUGCUCACCUUAACUUGUAAUCUAAAUAUCAUUUUCUUUAAAUAUGCACAGGUGUUUAAGGCAAGCCUUUCUUCAGUCGCGUGCUCCAUGUCGAACAGUCACAGAACAAUGUGAUGACUCAGGAAAUAGGUGGGCGGAGUUUGCCGUACGAAGUCUUGGUCAAACAUGCCCGGUGACUGCCAGCAAACCUGUGCACAACAGCUGGUAUUUAUAUGAAUUGGGAUAAUUGAUACUGGUAACGCAUUAAAAAAAGAAAAAGUUAGUUGGAAUUAAUAACUAUUUUAAACGACAGCAGAUAGAGCCAAGUCAUGAGUGGAAUGAGUAAACAGAAGCAAUAUUUUAAGAU